CCGCACUGGGACAUGUAGAUCUGCUGUAGAGUCUACUCAGAUAAAAGUGUCUUUACUUCUGCUGAGUAAAUCUACUUUUGCUUUUGCUUUUGCUAAUGCCUUCUAUUGGUUCUGGUAAUUAGGAUAUGAGUAGGGGAGGAGAAGCCGAGUGAGGCAUGGCUCACCUGAAAAAUGUGAGCGUGGCGGAGUAUAAUGCCGGCAUUCCUUCAACCAUGCAGGUGCCGGAUGAUGCCGCAGCAACAUGUCAGACGUAUUAUUACCGACAGAGGGUAACGAAGGAAGAGUGUGAGUUGCUGCUCAGAAGGAAACCCAUUGGAACGUUCAUUGCUCGAGACAGUUCCACGUUUGUUGGUGGGUUUUGUGUUAUGAUGCGCGUAAACGAAAAUGGCACAACCGUGACGAGGUCGUAUCUGUUGGAAAAGGUUCCUGCUGGCGUUCAUCUUCGGCUGACUGAGGAGGAUGUUUUCCCUACUUUAUACCAGUUUAUUUACGCCCACACGAAAGAAAAAAUGGUGUUGCCAAGUCGGCUAACAUUACCAACAAGUGACUGGCUGGCUACUAUAGACCCAGCAUUAUCCACAAAGACCAUAAUAGUAUCAUCAGGACCUAUGCUACCACCAAAGCCAGACGAUUUGCCUUUUCGACCACCUAAAGCAGAUGCAUCUCGUGGUAGGCUCCCACCAACACCUGGUGAAAGUGGUCCUCCAGCACGACCACCGAAGGGAGGUGCACCAGACCAUGGGCGGUCUUCUUCGUCAUCCGACAGCCUACCUCCUCGGCCGCCUAAAGGAGGUGGGAGUACCGAGCCCUUCCCACCACGACCGCCCAAGUCACCUGGUCCCGCCCUUCCCCCGCCGAUUCCUGACAGUGCAGAGCCUCUGCCGCGACGGCCACCCAAGUCACCUGGCCCUGGCCUCCCCCCGCCGAUACCUGAUAGUGCAGAGCCGCUGCCGGCACGACCACCUAAGACAGGUGGUUCCAGCUUCCCCCCACCCAAGCCGAAAGAUCGCGUCGUUGUUAACUCGUCAUUUGAGGUUGACGAAGUGGAGUGUGAGCUGUACUACUAUGGCUGCAUGGAUACGUGGGCAGAUUCCCACACUGAGUGCAUCUUUCAGACCUAUCUAGAACUGGUGGAGAUCCGAGAUGUGGUGCCGAAUAAAGUCACAUUCAAAAUGGGUGGUCAGAGUAUAACCAUUGAAGACAAGGGAUCGAAACAGUUCAUCCGUCGGCACUAUCAGAUCAAAUCAAUCCUGCAUUUUGAUCUGGAUCCUGACCAAAGAACAUGCAAGGUGAAGAAAGAGAAGAAGCCACUCAGCGUCUUUGGCAUGGUUAUUCGAAAGCCUGGCCAGGACAAGAAUCUGUGUCAUCUAUUUGCAUCGCAGCAUGUUGCUGCCAGUGGCGUUAUCGAUGCUGUGCAAGCCGCCAUUGACAUGAUUUGUGGUGCUGGAACCUAAACUGUCAAAUAACUACUACUAACUGCACACAAUCACACUCAGUCUCACAAAAAAUAUGGAAAGUAUUUUUUAACUCCGCUUGGUCUCUCACUGCAAAAAGAUGUCAACACUCCAUA